GACGCCGGUCGCCCACCUCGACAACACUCAGCUCAAUGGAUUUCCCAUAUACUAAAGGAAUUGUGCGGCCCAACGCCCAACGCCUGAGCCUCUCUUUAUCGCCGCUGGUCGCGCAGAGGUCUCUUCUCUUCCGAGUGCAAACCGACCUGAGGAACCAGGCGGAUUAUGGCCAGCUUUCGUCAUCAGACGUCUCCUCUACACUAUGGACCGCGAGCGCAUUGCCGUCGAAUGUUGCUAUGUUAGCUGGCACACAACCCAAGAGCAGCGCGAUCUCCACUUCGAGUCUCUACAGUCAAGAUUCAUGGAGGUCUCCGCCCCCACCGGUCAAAACUGAUGUAAAGCGGUACGCAAUGUCGUUCAGCCCCAGCGUCGAAUGGGAGGAGCAGAAAUCUGAUGAGGGCUCACUCAUGUCGACGACACCUAUACAAUCGUCACACCCUGUCGACCCUGCGGGGAUGACGACCUCGCCGUCUAGCAGCGAUCUCCCUACGCCGGAGGCCUCGGAGGACUCACUAGCAACGGAAUACAACAAAUGGAAAGAAGCCAAGGUGCGAGAGGGCAACAGGAAGAAGUUGAAGAAGGUCCACCCUACCACUCCCAAACGAGCCUCAAGGUCUUCAAAGGCAUUUAGCAAAGUCCUAGCGCGUCUCUCCAUCCAACCUUUGGCCAAACGGGCUGCAAAACGCCAAACGAUGCCAGCCUUGUCGCCCAUUUUCCAGUUGCCGGAAGUCCAGAUGUCGCCGAUGCAUAUUCCUAUCCCAGCGUCUCCUGGUAGCAGUCCUACGUCGGAAAACAUCACUCUGCAACUUUCACCUCCGGUUCGCAGUUCGAUUAGCCUUGUUCGUAAGACCACUGUGGCCGAUGGCAAGCCGCAUCCACCCCCAUAUCGGCGUAUCCACAAGCGUUACCCCAGUUCCCCAGCUAUAUUGGGUUGGAAUCCCAAGAUGCUUCCCACCGCGCCAUGUUCAGAGCUCCCAACUCACAUCUUGGAAUCGGCAAUUCCGCGCCCACGUAGUCAUAUUGUUAAGAGGAACUCUACUCCCGUCCCUCCUGUGCCCCCCCUGCCUGCACACAUUUUGGAACAAGAUCAUAACGCGAUUGACCGUCUUCGUCAGCUGCGUUCAGAGGUUGCCAGUGCUCCGUCGAAGACGGCUCUAUCCCAGAAACGUGCCACCUUGCACAAUCCAUGUCUUUCAUCCUCGGCUGUUUCAAGGAUAGAUACUAGACCAUCAGUACGCGAUGGACCGCUUUCCACUCGCUUGCGUUCUCGCAGCUUUAGCCAAAGGCACACUGGUCGUUCACUUCGUGACAUUCAUGAGUAGCAUGAGUAGACGCUAAUUUCGCUUUUUUUCGUUUGGCGGCUUUGAGGCUGGGACACUGAGGUGGAUGGAAGGAACAGUUUUUGAUUUGUAAAAAUGUUGUCCAUAUGUACACUAACUGGGAAAAAA